UCAUCCAUUACUGAAGCUCACUGAAGUUUAUUUGAAUUUAAGUGGGUUCAGGCAAAAUGUGACUGACCACUUGAGCCAGCUGAGCGAAAUCAGAAUGGACGAGUCAUUCAGGAUGUCAUUCUUAUUUCAUGGGGAAGGUCAGGAAUUCAUUGACACCUACAGCGAAUGUCGCUCCAGGAUGUUCCUGUUCCUGGCAGAUCUAGAGGAGACUGCAGUCGAGCUGGAUAAAAUGAAGACGGGGUCCAGCAUCUCCACUGUGGCAGGCAGUUCAGUGGGUGCUGUAGGAGGUGUCUUAUCCAUUGCAGGCCUGGCUCUGGCCCCCUUCACUGCAGGAGUGUCCCUGGGUUGUACAGUUAUGGGAGUUGGGAUGGGGGUCACCAGCGGAGUCAACAGCUUAGUUACAGGCAUCACUGAAAUGGCAGUCAACAGACAUCAUGGGAAAAAUGCCAAAAGCAUCUUUCAGAGGUUUAUGGAGGACGUACAGAAGGUUUAUGAUUGUCUAGAUCAGGCAGCUAGUUGUGAACAUCCUGUCCCAAACCUGGACGAGGGUGAUAUUGUGUUUAAAACUGGGAAAAUGAUCUGUCGUGUUGGAUCAGUAGGCAGCGGAAUUGAUGGCCUCGUGGAAGGAGCUUCAGCUAUUCAGAUUCUCAAGAGUGAGGAAGUAGCUAGGGCUGCGGUCAAUAUGGGCCUUCAGGAAGCUAAUGCAGUUUGUAGUAUCCCCAAACUUGCUGCAGACCUGCCUGACAUCGGGCAGCUGGCUAAGGGCACUCCUCUGGCGAUGACAAAAGCAGCUAGAAUGGGGUUUAUGGCAGCAAAUGUUCUAUUCAUUGGUGUGGAUAUUGCAUCUAUCUACAAAGGUAGUGAGAGUCUGGCUAAAGGUGAGACAAGUGAAGCGUCUCAGCUCAUCCGCCCCAGGUCAGCUCUGUGGCUCUCAGAGAUGCAGGCAUGGGAUAAGAUCUAUGAGUGUCUGUGUGAAGAAAAAGAGACGUUCCAGAGAAACCUGGAAAUUCUACAGCAACCUUUAAUAGUAGUGGAGUAAUCGGACUAAAAUGCUUAAGUGGCUGACAGAGUUUGAAAACAAGAAUGACUAAUUAUUUAAAAAGUAAUUUGACAAAAAUGAACUGCUACAUGUUUUUUCUUUGCGGUACAAAGUAGAUCAAGUUUGGCUGGACUAUCAAAUGUCACGUUUAAGACAAUCAAACACUUGUAAAAUACAUGACAGUGUGAAUCUAUUUUAUAAAAUGUUUGAAAAGGUGUAAAGCGUUUAGCAUUUUCAUUAAGCAGUUUUGGAGAAACAAUGAUUUGAGGUCGAUUACUACGUGAACAUGGCUCGAGGGGGAGAGCGCGAGUGAGAGAGAGUGAAGGAGACAACAGGAGAGAGAGCAGUGAGGGUCAAAUACAGCACUUGCAUAAAGCUAACUCGCUGCUAACUAGCAAUGUUGACUCACUUAAUUCAAAAUAAUGCCUACUUGCAGCCGCACUACACUAUAAAAAAAGUUUUAACUUUAAAAAGUUAGUGUUCAGGCUGCCUUAAAAUUUUGAGUUAAUUGAAUUUCAAAUAGUGUGUUAAUGCAACAAGAAUCAACUUAUUAUUUGACUUAUUUGAAGUCCAACUUAUUAUUUGAAGUUCAAGUUUUAUGCUGUAACCAUAUGUUAUAUACAGGGUGUACCAAAAAAACUGACAUCGUUUGAGAUGUGAGUUUCUGAGUAACUACAUGUCCUGGCAAACGAAAUU